AUGGUACUCGAAAAAAGUCUACCUAUGACGGCAGGAGAUUCAGAAUGCAGUUACGCCAAUAACUCAAUCCUUCAGAGAACAGUGAUAGUAAAGUCAAAACCUGUAUUAGAAGAAAGUGUGAAAAAUAUGUUCAAGAAUGGUAUUUUUCCGAAAUGUUUCACAGUGGCAGAUUUGGGAUGUUCUUCAGGACCAAAUACUCUAUUAUCCAUCAGCAAUGUCAUCGAUGCGGUUCAUAGUUUGUGCAAAGAGAACAAGUCUGAACCACCCGAAUUUCAAGUGUAUUUGAAUGAUCUGCCAGAUAAUGAUUUCAACAGUGUCUUCAAAACAAUUCCAUCAUUUCAUGAGAAAAUGAAAAAAGAAAAAUAUGGGAAUUGUUACAUAGCAGGAGUUGCUGGUUCAUUUUAUGAAAGGCUUUUCCCUAGAAACAGUUUGAACUUUGUUCAUUCUUCUUAUAGUCUCCAUUGGCUUUCUCAGGUUCCAAAAGGGUUGGAGUGUAACAAGGGAAGUAUACUUAUAUCGGAAUCAAGUCCUCCACAAGUAGUGGAAUCAUAUUUCAAACAAUUCAAUAAGGAUUUUUCAAGCUUUCUACACUUCCGUUCUCAAGAAGUAAUGAGUGGAGGGCAUAUGGUCCUUGUGUAUGUUGGCAGGAGAAAUCCAGAUCCAAGAAGCUAUGAAUCUUGCUGUUUGAUGGAUUUGCUAACAAACUCACUUCAUCAUUUAGCAGCCGAGGGCAAGAUCAAAAAGGAUGAAAUUGACUCAUUUAACAUGCCCUCUUAUGCACCAAAUGAAGAAGAGAUAAAGAAGAUCAUACAAAUGGAAGGAUCAUUUACUCUUGAAAGACUUGAAGCAUUUGAGAGUGAUAUGGCUGCCAUUGAUAAACCUAAUGGAAAACAUUUUGAGGAUAGUGCCAAGUUAGUAGUUAAGACAAUAAGAGCUGUUACUGAGGUUAUGUUGGCUUCUCAUUUUGGAAACUCCAUAGUUGAUCAUCUAUUUGAGAUAUAUGCAAAGCAUGUCACAGAAUAUCUAUCGAUGGGCAAUAAGAUAAAGUUCUUCAAUAUAAGUUUAUGCUUGAAAAAAAAAUGAGGGGAAGUUGAUAACAUGUAUUCAAAGAAAUAGUUAAAAAUAGU